AUGCGCACGACCUCACUCUCCGGGCUGCUGCUGCUUCUGGCCAGCAGGGCCUCUGCCGACUUCCAGCGGCCGCAGCGACCAUUGUCGGUCGACCUAGCCGACGAGGCAGCCAACCGAAGACCACAGACGUCGGCGCCGCCGUACCGCGACGAUCUCCUGGCGCUGCACCGCGGUCUGGUGGAGACGGCGUCGGUGACGGGGACCGAAGCGGACGUGGGUGCCUGGCUGGUGGACUAUCUGCGGCAGCGCAACUACACGGCGGUGCGACAGGCGGUGCAGCCGCGCGAGUCGGGCCAGAAGCGGUUCAACGUGGUGGCCUGGAUGGGAGGGAGCAGCGAGGACGAUCUGUCGUGGUCGUCGUCAUCGUCGUCGUCCUUUGCCCUCCCUCCCUCGCGCGUUCUCGUGACGUCGCACAUCGACGUGGUGCCGCCGCACAUUGGGUACGCCAUCGACGACGCCGGCGACGCGAUCACGAGCAAGACGGCCAUCCGGGGUCGUGGCAGCGUCGAUGCCAAGGGCAGCGUGGCGGCCCAGCUGACGGCCGUGGAGGCGCUGCGCCGGGCCGGCCGCGUGGGCCCGGGCGACCUGGCCCUGCUGUACGUCGUCGGCGAGGAGGACGGGGGGGACGGGAUGGUGGCCUUUUCCGCGUCUCUGUCGCCGUCGUUCGCCUUUCAGUCUGCCAUCUUUGGCGAGCCGACCGAAAACCGGCUGGCCUGUGGCCACAAGGGCAUCCUCGGCUGCACCGUCACGGCACGCGGCCGCGCCGGCCACUCAGGCUACCCCUGGCUCGGCCGCAGCGCCAACGAGCUGCUGCUGCGCGGCCUUCUCGCCGUCGUCGAUACCGAUCUCGGCAGCAGCCCGCUCUACGGCGCCACCACCGUCAACAUCGGCCGCAUGGCUGGUGGCGUCGCGGCCAACGUCAUCCCUGCCGAUGCUACCGCCCAUAUCGCCAUCCGCGUCGCCACCGCCCCCCAGGCUGACGGCCACGAACGCGUCCGCACUCGCCUCACCGAUGCCCUCCGCAGCGUCGACCCUGACCCAAACCAUCUUGACGUCACGUGUGGCCAUGGCUACGGUGUCGUCGAGUGCAAUUGUCAUGUGGAAGGCUUCCAAACUAUGGUCGCAAACUACGGCACCGACAUCCCCGGUCUCGCCGGCAACCACACCCGCUACCUCUACGGUCCUGGCAGCAUCUUGGUGGCGCACUCGGACCACGAGACCCUCACGGUCGGCGACCUGGAAGAGGCCGUCGAGGGCUACAAGACACUGAUCGAGCACGCGCUCCAAUAA